CCCGCCUCCCUUGCAGCCCCCCUGCUGUGAGGCCGACGGCAGCACCAUGAGGGAGAACUUCGACGCCCUGCUGGCCCUGGGCGUUCCCAUCGCCAAACCGGAGCCGGUGCCGCAGGCGGAGGAGCCGUGUGCUGGGGCACAGCUGGAGGACGGCGAGGCACCUGGAUGUGCCGGCUCAGCGAGGCUGCUGGUGCCCAAGGAGGAGGUGCUGCCCGAGGGCGAUGCCGAUGGCGGUGGUGCCACGGGUGCCACUCAGGGGCCCGAGCUCAGCUGCUCAGAGGACUGGCUGGUACGGAAGGUGAAGGUGGAGGAAGAGGAUGAGGAGUGGGCGGCCGGGCUGGGCGCUGAGGCCCUGUUGGCGGGGCAGCCCCCAGGCAGCGCCUGCAAGCCGGAGCCGAUGGAGGAGCCGGAGCUGCCGGAAGAGCCGGGGGAGCUGGGCUACGGCACGCUGCCCGCCUUCGCGUGGCCGCUGCUGGGCGAGGGUCCGGCCGGCGCCUGCCAACACUGCUGCUGCGCGGCGCAGUGCGGGCAGUGCGAGCCCCCGGCCCCCGCCCCGCCGCGGCCCUUCGCCUGCGCGCAGUGCGGGAAGGGCUUCGGCAAGAAGGCGCACCUGACGCGGCACCUGCGGGUGCACACGGGCGAGCGGCCCUAUCCCUGCACGCAGUGCGGCCGCCGCUUCCGCCAGAAGAUCCACCUGCGCUCGCACCAGAAGACGCACACGGGCGAGCGGCCGUUCCCCUGCUCCGAGUGCGGGCGGCGCUUCCGCAAGAAGACGCACCUGGUGCGGCACCUGCGCACCCACACAGGCGAGCGGCCCUUCGCCUGUGCGCUCUGCGGCCGCGGCUUUGCCCACAAGCAGCACCUGCUGCGGCACCAACGCCUGCACGCCGAGCCGCCCACCGAAGCCGAUGCCGACGCCGACGCCGAGCCGCCCGCCGACGAGAAGCCCUUCCCCUGCCCCGAGUGCGGGAAGAGCUUCAGCUGGAAGAAGAACCUGACGUCGCACCGCCGGCUGCACCUGGAGGGGCGGCCCUUUGCCUGCGCCGAGUGCGGCCGCGGCUUCAGCGACAAGCGGCACCUGACGGCGCACCUGCGCGGGCACAUGGGGCUGAAGCCGUACGCCUGCCCGCACUGCGACAAGACCUUCAGCCACAAGCCCAACCUGGCCACGCACCAGCGCACGCACACGGGCGAGCGGCCCUUCGCCUGCCCCGACUGCGGCCGCGGCUUCGCCCACAACCAGCACCUGCUGCGGCACCUGCGCGUGCACACGGGCGAGCGGCCCUUUGCCUGCCCGCAGUGCGGGCGCUGCUUCAGCUCCCGGCCCAACCUCAUUGCCCACACCAAGGCGCACGCCGGCGCGCGCCCCUUCACCUGCGAGCAGUGCGGUCGCGGCUUCAGCCGCAAGUCCCACCUGGCGCGGCACCAGGCGGUGCACACCGGCACGCGGCCCUACGGCUGCUCCCAGUGCGCCAAGCGCUUCAGCUCCAAGACCAACCUGGUGCGGCACCAGGCCGUGCACACCGGCCACCGGCCCUACAUCUGCACCCAGUGUGGCAAGAGCUUCAGCCGCAAAACCCACCUGCUGCGCCACGAGCGCACCCACAGCACCGCGCCUGCGCCACAGCAGGGCUGGGUGGCACCGGCACCGGCUCCCGCCACGCUCUGCCCCUGAGCGCCAUCCUGCACCAGCACCACAGGCGGGUGAGGGAUCUGGCAGCUCGGCAUGGGAUGAGCGCUGUUGGUGCUGCCGCCCACCGUGGACCCCAGGAGCUGUGUUGUGUCGUGGCACAGGUGGGGACAGAGCUGAUGUGCUCCUGUGGCACGGUGGAAGGUGGCAGCUCCUUCCAGGCACAGCGAUGCUCUCAGCCGCCUUUUCCCUGCAUGCUGGGUGUGGGCUCGGUGCCGCUGCAGCCCGUCUCCAUGUGGGGUGCAGCUCAGUGGCUCCAGCGCCCUGAAUGCAGCACCGCUGGUGGCUCUUGUGGGCUCCCACCCUGCCCGGGCACGGCUGGCUCCACUGUGGCAGGAACCAGUCCUAAAUGCCAAUAAAAUGCCCUUUGCCAAG